UAAACGCUAUCUACACAUGUAAAAUUAAAGUACCGUUCAUAAGUGAAAUCUUGAAAAUCUUUGAGUUUUGAGGCAAAAGAAGUAAUUGAAUUUGUUUACUGGAUCAUCUUGUUUCUAUAUUUGAACUUUACUUUUUCUCAAUCCUAUUUCAAAUACCUAAACUAAAAAAUUUUUUUGGCGCAAAUCUAUUGACAGUACUCGCCGACUUGUUUGUUAAAAAUCGACAAAAAAUGACUCUCGACAUUACGGAUAAAUAUUUCAACCAUCACAACAAGAAAAUGUGGUUCAGAAAGAACAUCGAUUCGUCCAACUUCAAGAAACCUAUCUUGACUAGUACACCUCUAGAUGUACCUAGUAGUAAAUAUUUUGACGACAGUGGUUACGUUAGUCCUCCCUGCAACACGAUAACCCCAUUGAAUUUAAAUGAGCGCUUCAGUCAAGAACCAGUGUCGAUUGAGAAAUUUGAGGUAUCCCUUGAUCACGAAUACCACCAAGUUCCUCAGAACCGGCUUGAUUGGCAAGAAGCUGAAGAGGAGGAUGUACUAGGUAAAAAACAACUACGAAGAUCUCUGAAUGCAGUUUCUCAGAAACGUGUGAAUACUGAAAAUAUCACAAUAUUGGGGAAAAGCAUCGAUUGUUCAAAUAUUAUUGGCAAAAGGAUAGGUAGAAAAAAUUGUGAUAUUGUUUCUGGACUGGAUCAAAGAAACAUUUCUGCAUUUCUUACAGAGUUAGUAGGCUAUCUGUCUCCUGAAGAUGUACACAGCAUAUAUUAUGUCAGUAAACGGUGGCAGGCCGUUUGUGGUAAAAUCCCUCAAGCACAGAUAAAGUUAAAACAGUUUCAAGCAACGAGGAGGUCAGCUGCAAUUGAAAAUAAGGAAAACUACAACCGCGUAUGUGAAACCAAUAUUCAGAAAUCAAUGACGGUCACAAAAUCUGAAUUGUUUCUUCAACAUGCUGCCUCUUUACAAAAUGAUCAGCAUCUUCAGAAGUGUCCAAAAUGUCAGUACCCAGCCAAAGUCCAUCCUGUUGCCGACAAAGGGGUUUGUACAAACAAUGUUUGUAAUCACCAAUACUGCUCAAAAUGUUUAGCUAAUUAUCAUGGUUCAGCAUCUUGUGUUCUCAUAGGUGUCAAACGGUUACCGAAAGAAAUUCUCAAUACCAAAAAAGCCAAAAAGUUUCUAAAGCGGCUAUGAGACCAAAAACGUGGAAAGGCAGAACAUAAAUCUUUAGAAAAUAAAAGAUAACAU